UACCAAUAAUACCAUCAAAACCUAGGUCACAUACAUGUACCCUGUGAAGCUAUGUUCUUGAACUGUCAAUUUUGCCUUUCGUUAGAGCGCGCUGACCGCAUGGCUUAUAUAGUAGUAAUCUACCCGCGUAGGUAUAGUAUAGUUUUAAUACAGCUCAGCAAUACCUCAAGUGAGUGUGACGGGCUUCUCAUUAUUCCCAAUUUGAAAUUUACAAACCGCCUAAUCCCAUCCAAGAGCCACGAAUCGGAUACAGCAUCAAUUAUGGACUGCGCAAGCACCAAAGUUAGCAAUUCUGGCCCUCUCAUCCAGCUAAUCUUGCGCAUCCCGACUCUGCUCUGGUCAAUUCAAGCAUGGCUAGGUGUCCCGGACUCGAUUGGUCUCUUCAGCCCGCCAGAUCUAGCAUUCUGUCAAAUGGGUGAGCUCCUGUCUCUGACAAUUGUCCAUGGGUUGAGGUUGGCCCUUCAUCCAUCAUUUAAAAUCAAUUGGAUAAACGGCAAGAGGCCGGGCCCUAUUGAGAGGAGGAGGUACUACCUGUUUUCAGUCGGUCUCACGGUCGCAUUGUGGAUGGAGUUUAUUGGAUUUAGAUACCUCCACUCAAUUUCAUGCUACCCUGACAGUUGAGUCAGCCACCAACGGUCAAACUCUCGUUGGGCGUGGCCUGGGAGGAGAAGCACCAAGUGUACCUAGGUAGAACAGCUCGUACUCUCAACCCACAACCAACCCUGCAUUGACGUUCCUGUUCCCUUUCAAGGGGCAAAUCUUCGACCAUCGCGAGCAUAAUUUUGAACCGGUGGCCGCAGUCACAUUCCACACAGGUCCUUCAAGUUGCGCGUUACCAAAAGCAGAAACGCGGAC